CUUAUCCACCGCAACCCGACCAGCCGUGCCAGCGUCCCGGCCACGCCGUAAUCAAACUUUUCUGUACAUUUUCACGUCACCUGGACGCGAGACAUAAAUUUGGCAUCCUAUGCAAAUAUAUGCUGACGUAAAAGAUCAUGUGGUUUUUGUCGUCGAUCCCCCCUAUGAGCAACGAGGAGGCUUUUUUUUCUCCUCUCUACUGUUGUCUUUAGGUUAGCUAUGCUACAAUCUUUACUGUACCCAGCGCUAGCUAUAUGCGCCCCGCACCGCACCACUCUGGAUAUCUGGGAAUAAUCAACUUCCAGCUUGUCGCACCCUGCAACCAGAGACUACACACAGAUCCCGCAGUAGAUUACCCAGAGGGCCGCUGGUCUGAGGAUCGUCCAGAGAAGAGAGGGACUGACGAAGAGAGCGAUCGAGGACGACGAAGAGUUAUUGGAGGAGGAGGUGGAGCCUCUGGAAGAGCCCCCCCCCCUCUGUGAAGCCCCUCCCAUCUGAGGAAGUGCAGUCAAGUCGCCAACACUGUGGCAAAGACGCAGGACAUGACCCAAAGCACUGCAGGAAACUACACACACUAAGCUCGAGCGCCGUUGCUGUCUGUGAUGCCCUCCCAUGACGCCCAGGUCAGUAGCUGACACUGCCAGUGAGCGGGAGACGCCACUGCACAACCGGUCCUGGGCCGGCGCAAUCAGCCGGUUCUUGCCCUCCCUCUCUCACGCUGGAGACUCCACCUCCACCCGCCUACCAGUAUCCACAACCAUCAGUUCCGAUCCACCGCAGUAAGACCCCCUCAGAAACCGACACGCUGACGUCCUUGGCAAGCACCAGCAGCAGCAGCAGCAGCCAAAUACCACGAUAUCUUCAACGCAAUCAGCAACACCAGCACCACCAUUAUCACCACCACCAGCAGCAGCCGUAAUGUCCAGUCGCAGAAAGUCCUCCACCCCCUGCAUGGUUCGGGUCAUCAGUGACCUGCCUGAAGAGCAAGAUGACCCGGAAGGGGUGAUGGACAUGGAAAUAUUAGCGGACAACAAUGUUACAAGAAAAGUACAGUCAGAAUCAUCUGAAUCUGCAGAAAAGAGUCACAUCACCCAUCAGGAGAAGCCAGAGAAUCCAGACCAGCAGACAUUUCCUAAACCAGUGGAAAACCAGAAUCCUGAGCCAUUAGAACAAAAGGAGCAGUCAGGUAAAGAAGACCAACCCCCUGUCAUUGAAGAUGUAGAAGCCAGAGAAGAGAAGGACAGGGGAGGGGCUGAAUCUCACCCGGCGUCCCAGAAAAAGCAGUCCAGAGGUUACGAGUGCAAAUACUGCCCGUUUUCAACGCAGAUCCUGAAUGACUUUAAAGAGCAUGUGGACUCAAGCCACCCUAACGUCAUUCUCAAUCCGUUGUACCUCUGCGCUGUCUGCAACUUCAACACCAAGAAGUUUGACUCGCUCACAGAGCACAAUGAGAGCCAGCACCCGGGCGAGACAAACUUCAAGUUCAAGAGGAUAAAAAUGAACAAUCAGACUAUCUUAGAGCAGACAAUCGAAGGCAAGGACAAUUCAGUUGAAUGUGAAGUGACAAGUGAACGGGGUGAAAGCAGCAACAUUUCUGUCUUUCCACCUUGCAUAUCUACCACGGUGAAAACCCCAAACAAUAUUCAGUCGCUCUAUCAAGGGAGGGAACUGAAAAGCCAGCUGGAUGGCCUAAUCCAGAAGGAUCAAAUCACAGCAGUAAACAUCAACGGAACAGUCAUCAUCCCUGAACCCACCAUGCUUCAAGGGCUCUCCCAUGUCACCCCCAUGCUCCAGCGCCCACCCAACUUUAACUCUGUACCAAAAAUAGCUGUUCCCUUGAACACCACCAAAUACAACCCUUCUCUAGAUGAUAACUUAACACUGAUCACCUCCUUUAACAAGUUUCCUUACCCGACACAUGCUGAGCUGUCGUGGCUCACGGCUGCCUCCAAGCACCCGGAGGAACAAAUCAAAGUCUGGUUCACCACCCAGCGGCUGAAGCAAGGCAUCACCUGGUCCCCAGAGGAGGUGGAGGAGGCCAGAAAGAAAAUGUUCAAUGGCUCCAUCCCUCCAGCUCAUCACACGUUCACCGUCCUGCCUACAAGCCCAAUCUCUCAGCCGUCUGCCAAAGCCUCUUAUCAGCCCGUUGUCCACACCACAGUCGAGCAUCCAGGUCAUGUCCGGACAACCGCGUCCAAUGGGUUAAGUGUAUUCACCCCCACAAACUCACCUGCUGGAGUUGCCAUUGGCUCCAGCCACACCCUUAAACGACCCCUGCCAGCACACCUGACGACGGUGUUUGGCCCGGAGUCUAAGCGACCCGUCAUGGCAGUUGCCCCCCAUUCUGGCGACCCUAAAGACAAGGGCCUCAUGGCUCCUCCUCCACCCCCUCCGCCCCAGAAAGACCGCCUCCCAAUGGCUCCGCCUCCUGUUCCCAUGGAGAUGAAGAGACAUGUAGCAGUUCCUCUGGUCACCACAGAGAUGAAGAGGCCAUCCACUGCUGUGCCUUUAAUGCCACCACCAUCAUCGUCAUCAUCACCAUCUUUGUUGUCCAAAGGGAAGAUUCUCUCGACGUUAGGAAGCCCCAAAACAAAGCCAGUGGUGUCUCUGCCCUCCAUAGUCUUUCCAGAGUCCUUAACAAGGCCAAUGAUAGCUCCCCCGCCUAUCUUUGCCCCUCCAUUUAAAAACUCAUUACUUAUUCCUCGUACACUGCCUAUCACUUCCAAAGAAAAGCACCCCAAUACCCACCCUUUGCCAGCUGCUGAUCUGAAGCUGCCAAACUCCCCUCCACUCAUUACCCCACAGAUAAGGAGGCCGACCAUUAUUCAGUCCAUUCGUGCUCCAGGUAAAGCCCCAUCCCAGAAUCCAGGGUUCCCCUUGGAUGGUAAGAAACUAAAAGAGCAGCAAGGAGUGGAGCUGAAAGCCAGCUACCCCAGAGGAGACAAGGUACUCACUCCUCUGGCAGAAGCCAAUGGAACUUCUCGCACAGACAGCAAAUGGCCCCACAAUCAGACUUCCCCUGCUCACAACAAUGGAGUUACACAUUUGGAUGGUGGUGAGCCGCCAGCAGCACCGAAACCAGAUUUUCAGCAGAAGUCCUCAGUGCUGACACAGUUCCCCUUGUUGGAGAGGAUGAAAGGAAAGACAGCGGAACAGUUAAAGAUCCUGGAGGAGAACUUCUUGAGGAACAGCUUCCCCACACACAGCGAUGUGGACAAUCUGUCAGCCACCACCCGCCUGUCUCACCAGGAAAUCGACAGCUGGUUUGUGGAGCGCCGUGCACUACGCGACAACCUGGAACAAGCACUUCUCAAUUCCAUGGGCACUAAGAGGAUUGGCUUGGGUGGCAUCGCUGCCAUCACUGAGAAACAACUACAUCAGCAGCAACAGCAGCACCAAACUCUAAAGCUGAAUGGGAUUCACAAACCAAGUACCGGUGUGGGCCAUCUUAAGAGCCCUCCUCCACCUACACACACUCUGCCCAUCAUUGCUCCCGGCACCAUUGCGCCCUCCAUCCCCAACCCGAAUUCCUGCUCAGUGCCUCCAGACAGCCGAUCCCUGGCUCUCCUCAAGGACGAUUUUGCUCAAACACGGUGGCCUUCCCCUGAGGAGUUUAGCCAGCUGGAGGGUCGGACAGGACUGGCUCGCACCGACCUCGCCCGCUGGUUCAACGACAGCCGGCUGCAGAGCAGCAGCAUGGAGCUGACAGAACUUUUUCACAAUAAUGGAGUAAAUGGAGGACAGGGGCCACCUGUGUGCUCCCCCGAAAACACUCCCUCCAGCAUAAUCCAGCGCUGUCAGGAAGGAGCUGUGACAAACAACAACAACAGCAGUAAGGUGCUGGAGGUUGAGUUGGGCUGGCUGAUGGAGCAACGCGCCAACAGCCUCGGCAGUCAGCAGCACGAUGAGCUUCAUGACCGGUUCGCUGGCAGCAGACUGAGGCAGCAGAACCUAGCAGAGUUGAAGAACGGGGGACAGAACGGGGGAGUCGUGGGCGGAGCGCGGGAGGUGUUCGGGAGCUGGCUGGAGGACGGACGCUCGAGGAGAGGACGGGAGCUGCUCCUGGACAGAGAGAGGAAGAUGGCGGAGGACACGUCCGGGAGGCUGACUGGAUAGACGGUGCGAAUGCGAUUUGCCGCCUUCGCCGCCGCUGCUGCUGGAAACAUACAGAAGGAAAGGAAACGAAGAACGGAGCAACAAAAGAAGAGUUUUUUUUAAUUAUCAGAUAUUGUAUUUUUUUCUUUUUUUUUUUCUUUUUUUUAAUUUUUACCAGUUUUUAUCUUUUGAUAGUCGCAUUGCAGAUCACGCACAACAUCCUCCUCCGCCGCGUCAGAGGUAAUCUCGUCAGCGUUCUCGACCUGAGGCGUAACCCCUCCACAGAUGUGACGUUCACAACAAAAAGAUGAGUUUAAAUAAGAUUUUAUUUUGGCGAGGCGUAAACACGCUCCCCGAUUUGAAGUCUGAAGAGCGCAAGGAGAAAUUCAGGGUCACGCUCUGUGAAGAUAAUUGAAAUCGCCCUCUCUCACGGUGAAUCUCAGAUUGCUGCUUUCUUUUCAUUUUUCACAGCGAUGUGAGUUUUACUAAAGUAUUACGAUACAGUACAACACAGGGACAGAUCUUCACCCUGCAAAUGCAGAGACGGGGCUCAGCACACAAACACCACCACAGACGCAGCUUAUAGGGGAGACGAGGAUUUCCAAAAUGCUGUAAACAAUCACAGUAAGUGAUCAAAGGUAUGACAGGGUUCUCAACAUGCUGAGGCUUCCUUUUAAGGUGGAAUUUGUCUUUCUGCAGUGAAAGCCCAGAAAUUCAAUUUAAAGAGGUGGAUUGGUUUAUAAUCAGUAGUACUGGUCCCUAUAAUCCCCGAACCUUUUUGAAUUCAAGUACAAACGGCCUCUUUUUUUAUUAGAGCUACCUUUGGAGGCCUGGAAACCACAUUUGGUGAAGCCGAACAACUUUCUGUGGAAAAUCUGUCACCAAUGUGCAUCGUAGGCACACAAUAGUCAUUAUCAGCACUUUACUGUAAGGCCCUAAAACCCCCUAAGUCACUCUGGAGGAAGCAGCAUCCGUCUCAUGAGAGGGGGAUUAGCAGGUUGUGAACUCGGACGGACGGACAUUUGUGGCCGAGGCGGUGUUGUGCGUGACCUGUGUUGCCGUGGAGACGUGGGGAGG